AUGUCAAAUCCCAGCAGCAGGUCCUCCCAAGACGACGAGCAUGUCCCCCUCAUCCCCAGUUCUACCAACAACAACCCAUCAUGCCGCAGGUAUAGCGAAGAAAGCCCAUUCUCACGAUCCCUGAUACUGAAAGAGUUUCAACUCUUACUCAAAAAUUCAAUCCCCGUGAUCCUAGCCUACACAUUACAAAACAGCCUCCAAACCAUAUCCGUACUCAUAAUCGGCCGCUCCUCGCCCGAAAACCUUGCCACAAGUGCAUUCUCCCAAAUGUUCGCAAUGGUCACAGCCUGGGUAAUUGCCUUGGGAGGCACAACAGCCAUCGACACACUUGCUUCUUCCUCAUUCACAGGCUCCGAUAAACGUGAUCUGGGAAUCUUGCUGCAGCGCGGAUUCCUGGUUCUGGGUUUCUUCUAUAUCCCAAUUGCUGGCUUAUGGGCUUUUUCAGAAAAUGUUUUUUUGUUUCUCGGUCAGGAUCCGCGGCUCUCGCGAGAUAGUGCCUGUUUCUUGACCUGUUUGAUACCUGGGGGGUUGGGAUAUAUUUAUUUCGAAUUGAUGAAGAAGUAUCUUCAGGCUCAAGGUAUGUUUUUUGUUUUGAUCUGUUCGAUUUUGGAAAUUUACUGGACUUUAGGAAUCAUGAGAGCUGGAACUUACGUUCUACUAAUCAUAUCCCCUCUCAACGCCGCUCUUAAUUACACGUUUUGCUAUAAGUUGGAUAUGGGAUUACUCGGCGCACCCAUUGCAACAGGACUAUGCUAUUGGCUCUCAUUCGCCAUGUUAGUCCUUUACGCACGGUUCAUCGCAGGCUCCGAGUGUUGGGGUGGAUGGUCUCGCGAGGCAUUCCAUGAUAUUGGCACAUUUGCCAAACUCGCUGUUCUGGGCAUUGUGCAUGUUGGCACAGAGUGGUGGGCAUUUGAAAUCGUCGCACUAGCAGCUGGACGGCUGGGAAAUGUCCCACUAGCUGCGCAAAGCGUCAUCAUGACAGCUGACCAGGUUCUGAAUACCAUUCCUUUUGGUAUUGGCGUGGCAGCGUCAACCCGUAUUGGCAAUUUGCUGGGAGAACGGGAUGAGCGUGGUGCAGCGCGGGCGGCACAUACGUCUGCUGUGCUGAGUAUCGUGCUUGGUGGUAUUGUGAUGGUGAUUUUGAUUGGGACGCGAGACCAGUUUGCGAAAUUGUUCAAUGAUGAUGGGGAUGUUGUCAGGUUGACUGCUGAGGUUUUGCCGUAUGUAGCUGCUUUUCAGGUUGCGGAUGGGCUUAAUGGGAGUUGUGGUGGGAGUUUGCGAGGGAUGGGACGGCAGCAUGUGGGUGCUUUGGUUAAUUUGGUGUGCUAUUAUUGUGGUGCUUUGCCAUUGGGGAUUUGGCUUGCGUUUGGUGGUUGGGGACUUCAGGGUCUGUGGGCUGGGCAGUGUAUUGCUUUGUAUCUUGUUGGGGUGUUCGAGUGGGUUAUUGUCGCUCGUAGUCACUGGGAUAGUGAAGUGCGGAAGGCUUUUCAGCGAAUGGGGUUGGAUGGAAGUUUCGACGAAUUUGAGAGAGAAUAG